AAGAGGAAACCGUACUGGAAGUUAGUUAUCGACAAUAUAACUGCGCAUGCGUCUACGGUGAGCUGUAUUUUGCUUAUACGAUGGCAGUAGGUCCAUGCUCACAGGUAUGGUCUAUUUAUAUUUGUCAUCAGAUGAGUAGGACCAAUGUUGAUCUGUAGCAUCUAAUGAUUUUUCCUGUCGCUGAUCGGGAAUUAUUUCAUGUAUCUCUCUCUGCUAUGGUAACUCAAGUUCUGAAGUAGGGACCAGCUGACAGGGUAGCUUUUGUUGGAAUAAUGCCAAGCUUGUAUAUAAAUGGAUGAAUAUCACCAACAGCAUGGGAAACAUUUUACCAUUUUACAUCUCAGUUAAAUCAGCUAUCCGGCAUAGUAGCUGAACUUUUAGACGACAGAAAAUGAUACUCUUGGCGUAUUGAUGAAAGUAUCUUAUUGCACGAAAUACGUUUAGUAGUUGUUCGAACCAGGCAUCGUCUGUACCGUGAGAUAUAGGAUCCUUAAUGGAUAUACAAGCACAUUGCACUGAUGAGUGGUGAGAAAAUCAGUUGCAGAGACAUGGAACGAGGAUGCAAGCUAGCAGAAUGAGAAAGUGGUGAUACUUUCGCCAUAGAUGCAUCUGUAACCACGGCCAGUCUGCUUAUAUACCAGUCAGGAUGGAACUCAGGAAGAAAGAAAUGAUCCCCUUAAUCUGUACCAUCGUUGCCAUUUUGAUGUGUGUCAUCUUUAGCCGCCACAAUGGUUUUACCGUCGUGCAAACCAUACAGACCGGGCUAGAUGUGGAACCAGUGCAAUCAGUAUCACGGAAACAACUCCCUAAACCGGCAACAAGCCUCGUCUUUGUUAAAACCCAUAAAACUGGCGGGACGACUUUGGCAUCGAUUCUCAACCGAUUCGGGUACAAGCAUCGUCUCUCGUUUCUCUUCAAUCGGGGAGAUAAGAUCCAUGGCCACUUCCGGUUGUCUAAACUUGCUAAAAAGAAACCUCGCAGCUUCCUGCCUCCGCUUUGCGUUGCUACGGGUGACUACACACAUUACAGGAAUUACAGCAUGAUGACAGCGCAUCUGAGGUUUCUACCAAAUCUAGAAAACCUGAAACGAUUCAUGAAAUCCGAUUGCAAGUAUGUGUCUAUCCUCCGUGAGCCGAGCGCGCAGUGGGAAAGCGCGUUUUCCUUUUUCGGCGCUGCGAGCUCCAUGCAUAUCAGUAAAAGUGGGCGGGGGAACACGAGCGUUGCGAACAUCGCAACGUUUCUGAGUAAGCCUGAAUAUUACUGGAAUUCCGCCAGGGGUGGCCAUGCCAAGUUCUACUCGAGAAACGGACAGCUUUUCGAAUUCACCGAAGAUGGCGCUAUCCACAUGUAUGAAGACAUCGUCAAUGACACGAUUGAGCAGCUCGAUGAGCAUCUCGACUUGGUUCUCAUAACAGAACACUUCGACGAUGGGGAUAUGACAUCAGCUGGGAACGUCGUUGUCUAG